UGUAGUUGAGCUGUUAUGUGUUUGUGUCUCUGUAUUUAAGCAGUAAAAUGGCAGAAGCCAGAGUUUCUCAGGAUGAGUUCUUGUGUGCAGUGUGUCUGGAUCUCCUGAAGGAUCCAGUGGCCAUUCCCUGUGGACACAGUUACUGUAAGAUCUGUAUUACAGACUGCUGGGAUCAGGAGGAUCAGAUGAGAGUCUACAGCUGCCCUCAGUGCAGACAGACCUUCAGUCCAAGACCUGCUUUAGCUAGAAACACCAUGCUGGCUGAAGUGGUGGAGAAACUGAAGAAGACCAAACUCUCUGCUGACUGUGACGCUGGAGCUGGAGAUGUGCAGUGUGACGUCUGUACUGGAAGAAAAUACAAAGCCGUCAAGUCCUGUCUGGUGUGUCAGGAAUCUUACUGUCAAACUCAUUUUGAACAUCAUGAGGAGUUUCAUUCACGUAAGCCACACAAAGUGACUGAUGCCACUGGACGACUGCAGGAGAUGAUCUGCCAGAAACACAAGAAGAUCCUUGAGGUUUUCUGUCGCACUGACCAGAAAUGUAUAUGUGUGCUGUGUACGAUGGAUGAACAUAAAAACCACAACAUUGUAUCAGCUGCAGCACAGUGGACACAGAAACAGGUAUUUAAACUAGAAAUCAAGUUAAUACUCAGUGCAGUGAUCCAAUAG